AUGACAGGGCUUGGACCAUCAUGUGGUGCAUGCAAGUUCCUGAGAAGAAAGUGUACAGAUGGAUGCAUAUUUGCUCCCUACUUCUGUUCUGAGCAAGGUGUGCACCACUUUGCUGCAGUUCACAAGGUGUUUGGGGCAAGCAAUGUGUCGAAGCUGUUAUCUCACCUUCCAGUUCACCACCGAAGUGAAGCAGCCAUCACAAUCUCUUAUGAAGCACUAGCCAGAAUACGAGAUCCUGUAUAUGGCUGUAGUGCUCAGAUCUUUGCACUUCAACAGCAGGUAGCAAAUCUUCAAGAGGAGAUUGAAUUUCUGGAAUCUCAAGUAGCAAAUUUCAUCAAUGGUCUUAGUCAUGAAAGUUCCCAAGCAACAAAUGAAACCGAUAAUUGGUUUCCACUUUCUUCACAGGUAGAUGCUAUAGAUGGAAAAGAUUCUCUUCAUCAACAGCCUCAUCAGCCUUCCCAUACAUCAAAUAUCAAUGGUAAUGUGCUGAUUGCAAGUGAAAUGAAUGCAAGAUAUUCUCCCGUUUACACACAGGAGUACCAAUACUCAUAUUGUAACUCUACAAAUGAGCCAAACUCACUUGGGAGAGACCAUAUGGAGAUGAAGCAAGAAAUCUUGCCUAGUGGGUUGGAUGACAUCCCCAAUAUGGCAUAUUACUGA